CAUCCAGUGAUGGCUUACAUCGGAGUGGACUAAGCCAUAUCAUGAUGUUUUUGGUCUUCCUAUUCUGCAUCCACAUCUAUGCGUGCUGUGGCGAUGCCUAUGAGGAAACCAAUUAUCUGAUUCAUUCGCCCAACGAUAGACCACAUCACAGGCGCAAACACAACAUGCAUAGACCCCCGUAUAAGGGCUACGAUUGGUACUCUCAUUAUAAAAUGGAUACUAGGCCCGACUUGCCCAAGACUACUCCGCCCCAUGACCAUACACAUGGAACGACGAAGGGGCCCUUGACUGAGCAGGAAAAGCUAAAGCAACUGCAAGAUAUGGAGAUCAAGGCCAGGCUCCUAAAGGUUCACGAGUGGAAAUCGGAUCUUGAAACAGCGCCGAAGCCGGACCCAGAGAAAACUAAGGAGAUGCUUUCUAAGAUCGAUAGUAUGGCAAAGAAUAUUCUAGAAGAGCGACAAAUCCCAAUCCGAAGGUCAAAACAUCACCGGCGCAGGCAUCACUGAUUGAUCUGAAAUGCAAAAUGCAUGCCGAAUUUCAAAUUUUGUAACCCAUAAAUAGUUGCUCGAAAACAGAAGCUACUCGUAUUUAAAAUGAAUAGUUUGGUCAAGGUGUUUAUUUUAGUGGUGGCCAUUUCUGGUGCUUUGGCCGAAGUACUGCCCAAGGGAGACCUAAAAGUGCAGAGGCAAUGGCUGCUGGACAACUAUCCAUCCUUGGCCGCGACUUGCAGCGACACGGACACAAUGAUGCUUAUACAUAAGGAAAGUCUGCUGCGGAGGCUAUCGGCAAUAUCAAAGAAAUUAGCUGAAGCAUGCGAUAAAUAUAAACACAUUGACUAAUCCCAAUUAAACGCUUAAAUGCAAGCUGACAAAUCGUAAA